CUUAAGUCCAAAAAAAUUAAAUACUACGUACAUACUUUUAAUUAAAUUAAAGUGAAAUCUAACUCUUUUGGUAACACCAGCGCCAUCGCGAUGUUAGAUUCAAGUGUGAUCCAGAUUAAACUCAUUAGAAAAUACUUGAAGAUCAAAUUGCUUGAUGAUAACGUAUCUUUUCGUGGACACGCACUGGAGAGAAGUCAUGUGUAUGAUCUGAUGAGGAAGACCAUCGUUCAGGGAGAGUCCAACUCGGCACUGGUCAUCGGGGCCAGAGGCAGCGGCAAAACUACGCUGAUAAACUCAGUGCUGCAGCAGCUCUCGUCGGAGGUGGACCUGGACAGUGACGCCAUCGUUGUGCGGCUCAGCGGCCUGCUGCACCAUGAUGACAAGGUCGCACUCAAAGCUAUUACGGCUCAGAUGCAACUGGACAACGCAGUCGGUGAACGAGUGUUUGGUUCCUUCGCCGAGAACCUCUCGUUCCUCAUCUCCUGCCUCCAAAGCGGAGCAGACCGUCGCUGCAAGAGCAUGGUCUUUGUGCUGGAUGAAUUCGACAUGUUCUGUCAUGGAGUGAAGACUCAGACACUGCUGUACAACCUGUUUGACAUCACGCACCAGGGUCAGGCUCCGGUUUGUGUUAUUGGUCUCACCUGCAGACUAGACGUAAUGGAGCUACUAGAAAAACGAGUAAAGUCUAGAUUCUCACAUCGCCACAUCAAUCUAUACCCAGUAGAAUCAAACGAAAUCGACCCAGACGUCAUAGAAAAAUCACCCUUAGAGACUUUCCUAAACAUCUUCGUCCAACUACUAAGCAUGCCUUUAGAACUUUCUAGAACACCACAAACGCCAAGGAAGAAAGGCAGAAAGAAGUCUAUAGCUCAAAUAGAAAGUCUAGAUUCAGAAACUGGGUUUUCAGUGCCAAAAGAUGUCCUAGAUAAGUGUAAGGUGGAUCCAGGUCAGUUCUCAGAGCUAGAUAGAAGUUUUCUUGAAGACUGGAAUAGUCAUAUUAUAGCUUUGUCUGAAGAUCAAAAGGUGGUUGAUGUGAUUGAGAAGUUUUGUUACUACACACUCAAUGAGCAGAUAUUUAGAGAUGUUUUGUUCCAAAUAGUUUCAAAACUAUGCCAGAUGAAGCCCUACAUAGACGCUAACGACAUCUGCAGUGCCAUAGACAACUCCGUGGCGCCGGAGCAUAGAGUGAAGCUUCUACAGUCGCUGUCCAUUCUAGAGUUGUCUCUGGUCAUUGCCAUGAAGCAUGGGUUGGAUAUUUUCGACGGACAGCCUAUGAACUUUGAGAUGGUUUUGCAUAGGUACACAAAAUUCGCCAACACUAACUCUUCGACCCAAGCCGUCCCACGCCCAGUCAUCCUCAAAGCCUUUGAACACCUUCAGGCUUUAGAAGUAAUCAUGCCAGUGAAAGGUACCGACAGCAUAUACAGCGGCACGGAGACCACGGCCAGUCGAGUGCAGAAAGAGUAUCAGUUUUUUAUGCUAGCUGUACCCAUUAGUGAUGUAGAUGAGGCGGUGAAAGGGUUUAAGGCUUUGCCAACUGAGAUUAGUCAUUGGUAUAGUAAUUCUGUGUUUUAGGUGUAGUGUAAGUCUGGUGGUUAGUGGUAGUCUGAAAAUGAUAACUUUGCGAGGGUUAAAAUAUGUGAUAAGUUCCUAAACUAUACCUCGUUUCAGCUAUGAUCACUGAAACAAUUCAUAACUUU